AAUACAUCGUGAAUGUGGCGUGUGUUGUUUGGAUUAUCGUGAGUCGUAAAUAAAAAUGCUUGCAAUAUGUUGAUAUUUCUUGUUAUUAGUGGUCUUCAUGUAUAGUAAAAUAGAAGUACACCAAUGGACCUUAAACGGAUGACAACAACUUAAUGUGAGAGGUGAUUUACUUUUGGUAUUUGUCAUAUGCUGCACGCCUUGGGGUCUGGACGAGGACAAAAAAUAAUCACUUAUUCUGAUCCUGAAUUGAUAAUGCUAUAUAGACGCAACCAGUCUUCCGGCACGUAUUUACGCUUCCCCGAAACAAUGAGGUGCCUUAUAUGUGGAUCUUUUUUUAACUAAUACGAUAUAUUUGUAAUGAUGGUUAAAAGACGCGAUUCAGUAUAAAAUCAAAAUGAGUCAUAAUCUGGCAGGAAUGCCAUCUUACAGGAUGUCAGGGCCAGGAUUAGGGCCUUCGGAUUUCAAGCCACCCAUGGAUACUCCUACCCCACCAGCCCCAGCACCAAGCAAUCCCAAAAAGAGGAGAAAAACAUCUAAUGCGAAUAAUGCAUUAACUCCUCAGCCACCACCUACCGCUCAAGACUUAUUACCACCACCACUAACUGGAUAUGGGGAUACUAUCGUGGCGUCUAAUCCUUUUGAUGACUCCCCAUCAACAGUUUCACAUAAUGGCCCAAUGAUGAGUCAAAAUGGUCCCAUGAUGAGCCAAAACGGACCAAUGGGCAUGAUGGGUCCCAUGCACAACAUGGGUGGUCCCCCUAUGAGGCACAUGAGUCCCCUACCACAUAAUAUGAGUCCUAUGAACCAGCAGAUGCCCCCUAGAGGAGGAAUUAGUCCUAUGGGUAAUAUGAGCCCCAUGGGUCAUAUGGGUGGUAUGUCUCCUAUGGGAGGCCCGAAUAUGGGAAUGAGUAAUCAUAGUAUGGGGCCUGGAAUGGGACCAUCAAGAUCCAUGGGAAGUCCAAUGAGCCCAAUGAAUUCAAUGCCAAUGGGUUCUCCUAUGUCAUCCGGUCCAAUGGGAAGCCCUAUGAAUAUGGGUUCUAUGGCAGGCAGUCACAUGGGUAACAGUCCUAUGGGGCCACCAAUGCACAGUCCACUUGGUGCUGGAUCAAUGAAUGGACCGAUGGGUGGAGGAGGGCCUGGUAUGAAUGUUUCAAGAAUGAAUGGACCAAUGGGCCCAAACUGCUCAAAUGGUUCCAUGGGACCUAGCAGUUCUAUUAUGUCACCAAGUCCAAUGCAAUCUGGAGGAAUGGGACCCACACACUGUGGUCCUAUGAGACAUGGCAGUCCAAUGGGUUCAGGAAUGGGAGGUGGACCAAUGGGUAACAAUGGACCUAUGACUUCAAUGGGCCCCGGACCUCCAUAUUCCAGCAGCCAUAUGGGUCAUGGAGGCCCAAUGAGUAUGGGAAACAGUGGUUCUAUGGGUAUGGGUCCAGGUAAUAUGGGUAACUGUGGGCCUCUAGGUGGCAUGAGCGGAAUGUCCAUGGGUGGUCCUGGAGGGCAAGGUCCAAUGGGUCAAAAUAUGAGCAUGUUUGGGCCUAAGCCUAUGCCAGUGAGUGCAGGAAAAGUAUAUCCUCCCGAUCAACCUAUGGUAUUUAACCCUCAAAAUCCCAAUGCACCACCAAUAUAUCCUUGUGGAGUGUGUCAUAAAGAGGUACAUGAUAAUGAUCAAGCAAUAUUAUGUGAAUCAGGAUGCAACUUUUGGUUUCACAGAGGUUGUACGGGUUUAACGGAGCCGGCGUUUCAGCUCUUGACAGCAGAAGUUUAUGCAGAGUGGGUAUGUGACAAGUGCCUGCAUUCAAAAAAUAUACCUUUGGUAAAAUUUAAGCCAUAGCGAUUCGCCAAUGUAAACCCACCAGUGUUCCUGCCACUUAUAUGAGCCUGUACUUGCAUCAUCACAAGGGACUAUUUUUACUAUUUGACAAAGUACUUUUAUGGAAUUGUUAUUCUUUUUCCAUAUUAGUUCAGUGCUUUAGAGUCAUGUGAGGUUGUAACUAAUCAUUGGUAAAGUAGAGGUCACAGUAUUUCUCUGAUAAUGCGGAUUAAGGGAAAUAUUUGCCUUGGUCCAAUUUAGAUGACACAUAAACAAGUGUGAAUAGUUUGAUCUAUUUGUGUAUGCUAAGCUUUAAAUAUUGACAGCUUAAGGGGAAAAAGGACAUCAUAAUAUUACCCCUAUGUGUGAGUGAGAUAGCAAAUAUCUCCCUAAUUCCGCUUGUUGGUAUAUAGUGUGUCUCUUUUUUGUCAUUGAAAUAUUGAGUGAAACAAUAUGCAGACAGUCUGUAGCUAGUCUGUUAUUUUUAUUUUCAUUAUUUAUUUAUUACCAAUCAAUUGAAUCAUAAGUUAUGCCAUUUGAAGUGUAACCUUAUGACAUUAGAUUAAGGUUGACAUUUGAUUGUUUAAUGAACUGUCUAGUGUUGCUAGUUUAAAAUAAGAACACAGACUUUUUAAAAUGUUUUAUGUGUUUGACAAAUAUGCCCAUAGAAAUAUGUUUUUUUUUUCUUUUCAUGCCCGUGUUUGAUUUAUUUUCGUGUUUUUUGUGUCAGAUAUACUUGGUAAAGCAAUUUUAGUCUAUUAGAUAAAUUUACCGGCAACGAAACGAAGCAAUAUGUAAUGUAACUCUCUGUUUUGAGUCGUGUGUUGUUUUAUGUUUUAUUUGUGCAUACUGUAAAUAUCUGUUAGUAUUAAAAUUUCCGCCUUAUGGUAAAAUUAU